UAUCAGCCGCUAGAGUUGCCUUUGCUCGAAUUAGAGCCUGCAGCUCUCCCAGGGAAGGCUUUCGACGACUUGCGACGACCCGUCAUGCUCGGCCCAGCCUUUGUGUUGGGUAUCCCUCUCCUAGGCUCUCUGGCGUCGGCCGCGGCGACAGGCGUGGCGACAGAGACAUUGGACGCCCUGGCGAGGCAAUGCCAAUUCACUCUGGGCAAUCGGCGCUUCGAUCUGUGUCCGAUAUUCGAAGGAAGGGAGAGCGGCUGGACCGUCGGAUCUGAGCGGUCAACACCACCCACAGUGACGAAAGCCGAGUACAGGAUCUCCUUUGCAGGACCGCUCAAGACGACGAAGUGGACACCUCAUGAUGAACAGUGUCCUGACGGGACGUGGAUCUGCAAAAUCAUUUCGAAUGUUCGGCCAAAUCGCGACAACGAGAGUCCUCGAGUCUUGCAAGUGAUCCCAGUUGCCGGUGACAUCUCUGCAUCUCUCCCUGAGGAGGACGGUGGAGGCGAUAGCUUUGACGGUGAACAAUAUCAGCCGGGCUUAAACAUCACCGCGAAGCUCGUCGCUGCAGAUGAGAACUCACGACACGACACGUUGCACAUCCAUCUUCAUGGCGGGUACUACGUCCAGAGGCAACAGAAAGCAGACUUCCAGUUCGUUUGCGACCAUGGCGCCCAUGAGCCUACGAACCCCACCAUAUCUUGGGAUUGGAGAGGGACGCAUGUGUUCGAGUGGCGAACUGAGCACGCAUGCGGUCAAGCGAUGACCGCGCCCGACAAGGACUCACCGCCGCCGCACACCCACAAACCCUCUCCCGACGAUCCGCCCAAGGACUCGGAGGACGACGACGUUCCCGGCGACAAGAAGAUGUUGGACCCGGACUUCCUCUACGGACAGACCCGGCGCUCGAUCAUGACCAUCCUUGCCUCAUCCGCGCUGGUCGUCAUCAUCGUCACAUACCUCGUGCAGCGGCCCCCUACGAAGCUGCGCCGAGUCGUGCUGUCGUACAUGAAGAACCACCCGUGGGUGAUGCAUUCACGCGUCGGCGAGGGCGUGCUCCUGCGAUGGGCCCGUGAGGACCUGAUCUUCGAUGCUGGAGAGGAGGACACCAUGGUCAAUGGCCCGGUGGGUCCGCGCUCCGCGUUAGGCUUGGACGAAGGCAUUCCUCUUAAGCCGUCACCACGUCGGCCGAAUGCAAACAACUACGGCAGUGCGUAGUGCUCGAUGAUGCCCCACGCUCUUACCACCCUCAUCCCUUAUGUUGACGACC